AUGGCGCCCAGCACCGAUAGCCUGUGCCUGGGGGCGCUCUUGGGCAGCCAUAUCAACAUCCGCCCUGAGGUGAUGAGUCCGUCAGUUAUGUCGAAUUAUGCUCGAUACAACAUCAUUCUUGACAAUAGAAGGACCCUCCUCAAAACCUCUGCUUUGAACCUUUCCGAAACCUCCGGAACCACCAACCUCGAUCCAAGUUCUAACAUGGUGCCUGCGUCGAGCUUGAUGGUCAAACUAUCCACACCUGGAGCGCCCCCCAAACGACGCAGGAGGCAAUAG